UGGCAGUGAUGUGCCACGUUUUUGCUUUUUAACUCCGAUGAAGAAAUGUACCUCGGCUUCAGUGUUUCCGGUUGCGGCGGCCAUCACGCUCCUGUCUUUGCAGCGGCUUGAUCCUUGACGAAUUUUGAGAGAUGGCUGGGCGACGUGCUGCUGUAAAAGCCAUUGACUGGCUGGCCUUCGCUGAGAGGGUUCCUCCGAACCAGAGAACGAUGUUCAACAACCUGAAGACCCGCAGCGAUGCCAUUGCUGCUAAACUUGCCUCGCUCCCAGAGAAGCCGGUCACCAUUGACUGGAGCUAUUACAGGAAGACGAUAGCUAAAGCAGGCAUGGUGGACGAGUUUGAGAAGAAGUUUGCUGCUUUGACAGUUCCUGAGCCAGUGGACACCCAGACGGCUAAGAUAAACACACAGGAGCAAGAGGCUAACAAAAGUGCUGCAGCCUAUAUUGAAGCAUCCAAGGCUCGCAUUUCUCAGUAUGAAAAAGAGCUUGGGAAGUUCAAGAGCAUGAUUCCCUUUGACCAGAUGACCACUGAAGACCUCAAUGAAGCUUUCCCUGAGACCAAGCUGGACAAGGAGAAAUAUCCAUAUUGGCCACACAAGCCUAUUGCUGAAUUGUAAUUGUAAAGAUCAAUUGUUUAUAAGUUAAUAAAACAUCGAACACCGAAUUCAAUUGUUUGGUUCAGUCUGUAAAAAUUCAAAUGAAAAGAUUUUGUUGAGUGCUUCAGUGCUGUUCUGUAUCUGGCUAAACAUGAAAUAAAUAGUUUAAGUUUU